GUCCCAGGUACCGUGUCCCCAGCCCCUGCGCCUACGUCAGUUCCAGAAAUUGUUCUGCUGCAUCGCGACAAGCACAGCUGGUUGUGGACAACGUCCCAAAGCCAACACCAACAACAACAACAUCCAAAACAUCAACAAGCAAACACGUCCAGACAGACACUGGAAUCGCGAGGUCGCAUCGCAGUGUCUUUGACCACCCCGCCGACUUUGGGAAAUCCCUCUGCCGCCUGGACUCCUUCUUGCAAAGCUUGCCUGGCUCUCACGAUUGUCUCAUCUCGCAGGCCGUCACCGGCGCUUUGUCCUGAAGAGUCAGCUUCGAUCUGGCACGUUGGACCUCGCCAUGGCUGCCGACUCGAGCAAACUCAAGGUGGCCGACCUCAGGUCAGAGCUGAAGCGCCUCGGCCUGCCCCAGACCGGUCUCAAGGCGGAGCUGGUGGCCCGCCUGGACGACGCCCUCAACAGCGGCGCUGCUACUGGCGCAACUUCCACCACACCUGCUGCUCAAGACGACGAGCAGCAGCCAGAUGCCAAUGGUGGCCAAGAAGACGCCGUCAUCCCAUCACAAAGCGACACCCUCGAUGUCGCCACGCCCGAGGAUGUCGGGCCUGCGCAGCCCUCCGGGGAAGCCUUGCCAGCACUACCACAGCAAGCUCCCGAGCAGUCCCCCAUUCCUCCGACCUCGGUGGGCACUUCUGUCACGCCCGCUCCCACAGAGAUCCGGCAGGACUAUCAGACACGCCAUCAAAGGUCAGCUAGCCCGCCGCCCAAGGCAGCUUCUGUAGCACGCGCAAACGAGGAGCAAGCCAACGACCCAGAGAGGGAGGCUCAACCUGGCGCUGAGGCCGAUGACGAUGCCAUCAUGCAUGAUACAGAUGCACCAGCAAAGGGUGGCAGUGGCGAUAAUGAAUCCAUGCAUGAUGCGUCUCCACCAGCAACGCAUCCCAACGAGGCAGACUACACUGAUGAAAUGGACAGAGAUAUCGCGCCCUCCAUACACCCAGCAACAAAUGCACUGUACAUCAAGAACUUUAUGCGCCCCCUACGACCUCAAGAAGUCCAGGAUCAUCUGCUUGAGCUGGCCACCCCCUCUGGUGCGGCGCUAGAGGACAGCUUGAUAGUAAACUUUUUCCUGGACACAAUAAAGACUCACGCUUUCGUCGUCUUCAGAAACACCGCUGCCGCGUCACGAGCGAGAGCCGCGCUUCACGACCGUGUCUGGCCUGACGAGACAAACCGCAAGCCGCUGUGGGUGGACUAUUUCCCACCCGAUCGAUUCCAGGACUGGGUGUCCCAGGAGGAAGGCAAUGGCGGAGGCCGGGUGUCUAGUAGCCGCUGGGAAGUCGGCUACACGACGAGUCCUGAUGGCACGGUCGAGGCCGAAUUGAUAGACGGUGCAGAACGGCAGCAACACCCCAACCGGCAGAGGUCGAUGUCUCCACGAGGAGAUGCUCGCAGACCGUCGAUCCCGACGGGGCCAGCAGCAGAUGUCUAUCCAUCUUUCGAUCGCCGUGGUCCUCCUGGCUUCCAACGGGCCCCCGAGAACGACAUGACCGAGACUCGCACGUAUCCGCCCGUGGUCUUCAAGCCUGUCUCCAGGGAUCUGGCCCACCGCCGCCUCGAUGCCAUUGCGCAGGCCAAGUCCAAGUACUAUGAUGACGGCCACCUGUCGGGCGCCGCGAAGGAGUACCGGCGGUACUACUUUGAAGACGGAGACGCGCUGGUCGACCGCGGGCCGGAAAUCUUCCUAGGAAUCCGGCCCCCGCACCGCGAGCGCGAGCGCAGGCGGGAGAUGGGCAGGGGCUUUGGCCCUCCUGGCGGCGGCGGAGGGGGUGGCCGUGGCUUUGGACGGCGCGCAGGAGGAGGUGGCGGAGGCGGCGGCGGGCGUCGAAGAAGGAACGGCGGUGGAGGAGGAGGACGUGGCGGACGACCGGGAGAUGUCCCGAUGUAUCAUGGCGUUCCCCGUGGCGGCGAUCGGUUCAGGCCAUCCCGCUAAGCGUCGAUGGCGAUGAGGGUGGGAUGUCUGAUGACAAGAAUGAGCAAAGGACGGAGGCUCGGCACCAGCCCCGUGCUGUGAGUCCCUAAGACCGCGCGAUAUAAAGACGUUCUUACACAAUCGAGAAGGUCCAUGGACCAGGACCAGGACCAGGACAGGGAACAAUCUGGUCUUUUUUUCAAAGCAGGGAAAUAUAUGUACAACAUGACCACACAUGACGAAAGCUUAUGAAAACAAUAGAAGAAAAAGAGACUCACACAUAAAAAGAGGAAGAGCGAUGAAUAAAAAGCCUCGGCGCCAAUUCCCUUGGAUC